AUGUUUGCUCCUUCGGAAGAUCUGCCCAAAACCUACGGUAGCAUGACGUCUCCUCAGGAUUCCACGACAACCAGCACUCACGAAGAUCUCUCUCCCACAGACAACGGCAAACUGGAACCCGGACGAACCAGCGCCAAGAAGUCCCUCGAGGACCAAAUUGACGAUCUGCUUGCGACUUUGCGAGAUAUCCGGUCGUUUGUCUUGCCUGCUUUCUCGACCUCGCUGCAAAAUGGAUCCGCGAUGCGUAUCAUGAAGACCCUUUUCGACGUGGUCUGCCACAUCGCCGCAUUCUUGUAUUAG